ACCCAUGUUUUGAUUGAAUUUGACGCGCGAGUACCUUGCAACUGAGCAGACGCAUUAGACGGUAAGAAGAUUUUAGUAAUCAAUAAUAUCUCACUGAUGAAAUCGUACCUGACUCAGUAAAGGAUAAGGUAGCUGGCUCUCAAAAAUAAAUCCUGGGAAGCGUGGGUCGGUACGAUGCGGAGAUCAACCGGAUGAUCCGGCACAGCAUCGAUCAGCACAUGGAAAGGCCGACAGGUUGUGAAUUUCACAGUCAACCGGAACAGCAUGACAAACACAGCGUACUACAACAUCCUUAGAUCCCUCGCCAUCACGUAUUUUACAGAAUAUGUACCUGUUUCAAUUGAUCCCUCGAGCAUGACUGUACUCGUGCGGAACGGUGAUCAUUAUUGUAUUAUUAUCAUUGUCUAAUUUGUUGUAAAUUCGUUUAUCGUUAACCGAUGCUAUUUUCAUUAUCUUCCCCACAUUCGUAUACUACCACCUUACUACCGUGCGAUUAAAGCAUUCGUCUGAUUUUUCGAUAAACUGACCAGUAUUGUUGUGUUAACAUUUUUCCUUAAAUGUAUAGAUAUGAUGCAACGUGGGUCGAAUUUGUGAAUUGUAAUGCUCGCAGUUGUCGAUUUGUAAAAAUUAAUCGCCUUGAUUGCACCCAUUUAUUAUUGGGCAAUGGCUGCUUCCGGACAUGGUUUCCGUAUUUUCGCCUUCUUCCAGCAUGUGCUUCUACUGGCCGAUUUGACCUUCAACAUCAUCGUCGGUCUCUUUAUGGAAACAACGCAAAUACAAGUUUCCUUGUACAUUGUGCAGGAUGUCUGCCUGGUUCUAGCGGCAGCCAUUUUCUGUAUUCAGAUUUUCUCCUUUUUUUACGGACGGAACGGUGGACCACGUCCGACGUUAAUUAGCUACGUGGCCAUUGCUCCAUUUUGGACGGGAUAUUUUGGUUUAUGCUUGGGCGUUCACAUUUGGGCCAUUAAUCAGUGGUAUCAGAGCGAUACGACAUUUAUGUUUAUCGUCGGAUAUCGUGCCCUGUAUACCGUUCAACGCUGUUUUAGUUAUUUGUAUUACUAUGUUUAUUAUCGCAAACUAUUUGUUUUAUUUGAGAAUUUCUCGAAAACCGGCACGGAUGCUAAAUCUGCCGCGAGGGAGAAACGGCUCAGUAUUCUGCAAAUCUCCACACAGAAGACCAGCUUUCCCGUCAAAGAACCGGCUUUCUACACGCCUUUUGAGAAUAGUCCAACCAGUAGCGAGAAAUUACGUACGAGGGUUUGAACUUCUAGGUUCUGUCAAACUGCGUCUUAGAUUGCUACGAGUACUAUAUUUACUCAUUUCCGGUUUCAUUUUACUCGGUACCACGAAAGUGGCUUCUUGUUGUUUUUGCUGCAUGCAGUAUAUCUAUAUUGUUACAAUGCAGUUCCACGUGUUGUAAUAAAUGUCUGC